AUGUMUAUCCCGGAUACGGUUAUCUAUGCUUAUAUGUCGCCAGCGUUUACCGCMGCCAAUAGCCGUAGCCGUAGUCAACAGUUUGAUAGGUCAGUCCGACGUCAAUGGUUAGACUGGUUUCGRUCGUUUCCAGGGGACAGUCGACCCGUUUUCAGUCCCGAAGUCGGUGUUGUACGUAUCAAAAGUCAGGGUAGUGUUAGACUUGAUGACCGCCGCCAGUCUACCGAUGAUAUCGUUGGUGGACAGCCGUCAGUGAUYAUUGACCCGAACUAUCUGUCCAAUAGUACCGAUAUGUCGGCAUUGGUUAGUGCCUUGAAAUUUCUAUACUAUAUCAUUGAAAUGACACCGUUUGCCAAUUAUAUUGAAAUACCAAGACCUAUACCCCGGUGCCAGUACUGUCCCGACGGGCGUCCAAUCCAUCGGUGCGACCAAUAUAUCCGUUGUUUGAUCAGAGAGACGGCACAAAGUUUUCAACAUUUUAUCGGCACCUGUCGUAUGGGCGGCGGCGGCGGCGGCGGCGGCAGUGAUGUAGUAGUGGACGAACGGUUGCGCGUCAAACACGUGCACCGAUUGCGCGUAAUCGACGCGUCAGUGAUGCCCGAUGUGGUCAACGCCAACACCAAUGCAGCCGUUAUUAUGAUCGGCGAAAAAGGGGCACAAAUGGUCAGUCAGGAUAAUAGAGAGAAAAUUUAA